AUGUCGACCACCAGCAACAGCAAAGAGAAGCCUCACAGAGAACAAUCUCAUUCUGUAUCGUCUCCCGUAGCUAACAUGGUGACUGAUGAGCCUAAUUCACCUAUCGAUAUGCAAGUCUGUCUAUUGCAAGAAUCAUCGAGCUCGAUGGUGGCAGGAUUGAUCAACAUUGGAAACACAUGCUUUUUGAACUCUGUUCUUCAGUCAUUAUCGUCAUUGCCAAAAUUACAACAUUAUUUGGAUCAAAUGAGCACUGCACAUUCAACAUCUAGAUUACCUGUUACACAGUCCCUGUUGAAAACCUUACGACUUUUAUCGCAACCGUCCAACAAUGCAUUCAAGCCCACUGACAUUGUUAACGUAUUGGGAAAGCAUCGCUACCUUCUCAACAGAGAACAGCAAGAUGCUCAGGAGAUAUAUCAGCUGUUAGCCAGUGAACUGGAAGCUGAGAGGUCUCAAUUAGACAAGAAACAGGGCUUAAAGGAUCUGCUGUCAUUUGGUGCCAGAAAAAAGACAAACAAGAUUGAAAACCCAUUGAAUGGCUUUUUGGCAUAUAGAACAUCGUGUACGGUUUGUGGAUAUAGUGGUGCGCUGAAAUUGGAAAACUUCAACAAUAUCCAGCUCGUGCUCCCUACAAACGCUGCUGCAACUACAUUAGAUGAAUGUUUAACGCAAUUGACUCGUAUUGAACAAAUGACUGACGUGGACUGCACAAAAUGCUCACUGCUGAACCGAGUACGAGAACUCACCACAGAGAUUGACGUCCUUAAGCAACAGGGGCCCAAAAGAAGCAGAGAGAUGCAGCGCAAGCAGGACCUCAAGGCUGAGAUUGAGCACAGACUCAGCACGGGCGACAUUGAAAGAGAAGGUACCGACAGUUCAGCAGGGACGAUGAUCAAAAGAGCCAAAAGCAAGCAAGGCAUGUUUUCCAAACCACCCAAAGUACUGUCUUUCCACUUUGUGCGCUCAAUGUAUACAGAUGCAGGAGAGGCGCUCAAGAACGAAUGCCAAGUUGUGUAUCCUGAAAUGCUAGAUUUGACUCCUUACUGUACAAAUGGGAGACUUGAAACGGAACCCUACUUGCCAAUCUCUACCCCUGACCAUGGAUCCAGUGUCAAGUAUCGUUUGAUGAGCAGCGUCAUUCACAAAGGUCGUCAUAGUUAUGGCCACUUUGUGUCCUGCAAGCGUCGUCUGCUGGCUGAAAACUGUAGCUGCGCUGAUUGUGGACAUGAUGAUACAACACUUAAGCCCCAUGAUUCAGACUGGUUCUUUGCUUCUGACUCAGAUGUUGGCAUGAUGAACACUCAAGACGUACUGAAAAAAAAUCCAUUUAUGCUCUUUUAUGAGCUUAUCGAGGAAGAAACUAACGAGAAGGAAGAAGAAGUUGUUCCUGAGUUGAUACAUAAUACACUUGCCGCACCCAUCGCAGACCAACAACAACAAGCACAACAACAUCAGCAACUCAACUACUGGGAAGAGUCUGAAUCGGAUCAAGACGACUUGGAAGAGUUGUUAUCAUCCAACAAGCCAGCAGCACCACCUUCAUCACCCAUCAUGGAUCCUUUCGCAGCAUAUACCAAGAAACCCAGCAGAAAGAAUGUAAAUAGCAAGACGAGACACAACAGCAUUGCUCAUCUCAAGUUUAAUAACCAUCAUUCAAUCCCUAUUCUCACCCAAUAA